CCGUUUGGAUUUUUAUACGCCGGGGCCGAUCACGAGCAUACAGUGGCCGGCAAUGCGGGCUUUUAUGACCAGCUACUGGCCCUGCAAUGGGUGAGGGACAAUAUACAUUUGUUUGGUGGCGAUAAAGACAUGGUGACCAUAUUUGGUCAAAGCGCCGGCAGUUGGUCGGUAUCGGCACAUGUAUUGUCCCCGUUAUCUAAAGGCCUAUUCAAGAGGGCUAUUAUGUCGAGUGGAGCCCAUAUGUACAGUAAGCGCAGGGAUAUUGUGAAUAAAACAGAUGCUGUAAAUAUGGCUAAACAAUUGGCACGUGAUCUAAAUUGCGAUGACCAUGGUGAUUGGGUAGAUUGUUUGCGAAUGGUUGACGCACACGAUCUGGUCAAGUCUAUGACGCCGUUGACAUUCCCGGUGUUAGGCACCGGGAUUUUGCCCCUUUCGGCCGCUGAAGCUUUCGAGCAAAAUGUGUUUAAUUCAGACAUAGAUCUGUUGGCUGGUGUGAGCCGAGACGAGGGUCCAUUGUUGGCCAAAGUUUCUUACCCAGAUGUGUUUGGUGCGAAUAUUACAAUGGAUAAAUUUAUGGAAACCUUGAGCAAAUUAAAUAAAGUAUUUCAUGACAUACCUGAACAAAAUGUUGGCAAUUAUUAUGCAAAUAAUGUAAAUAAUCACGGUCAAUUAAGCGUAGCAUUUGGGAAGCUAUAUGGUGAUUUAUUUAUGAAUUGCCCUACAUAUGUGUUUGCCAAACAAUUUGCCAAGAAUAGUCAACAUGAUUCAACAUAUUUUUAUAUGUUAACAUUUAAAAGCAAAAUGUUUGCCAUGUUUAAUGAAGAUGAUAGCGACGAAUCAAUUCACCAUGGUGAUGAAUUGGCAUUUGUUUUCGGUCACCCGCUUAUGGAUCAACAAAACUAUACGGAAACUGAUUAUGAUUUCAGUAUACAUGUGAUGGAAAUGUGGACUAAUUUUGCCAAAAAUGGGUUAGAAUUUGAA